AUGACUGAUGGAGAGGUGGAAGAUGAACUGAUUGAAGAGGUGGAGCAGGAGGAACCUGAACAAAUUGAAGAAGAAGAAGAGGAGGAGGAAGAAGAGGACACCAUGACAUCAACCAUCAAACCCUUCAUCAUCAUUCCCAAUGGUGAUCACCAUCCAAGCACACCCAAUCACAGGCUGGGCCAGAUGAUGUAUUACAAGGACAAGCUAUUCUUCAAUGCCUACAUCAAGAAGGAGUCACAUCAUCAUUGGGUGCUGGUGACACCACACAACACUGGCGCAAUCCUCAAGGCCAUCAAAGAUGGAUUUUGUUCAGAUCUGUGCAGUCAUGGUGUCAAGAGCAUCACCCAGGAGGUCAUGUGCAUGUUGCUGACCUGGGAGGCCCUCAUCAAGGAUCAGACCAAGAUCCUACUCACCUUCAAUCUGGAAAAGCACCAAUGCAAGUGGGUCAUCUCCAGUGACACUGCAGUGCAGUGCCUGUGCAAGCAGCUGUGUGAUGCUCUCAGCAAGGGCUGCAAGAUCUCAGCUGCUGUCACACUCCCUGUCAUCAUCCCAAACACUUAA